AUUAAUAUCAUUCAGGGAAAAAAAAAUCUAGAAAAAAUGGUGUAUAAACCGAGCACCAGUUCUCCGAGUUCCCGGGAAUGAACAAGUCCCGUUUUCCUUCUGUGAAUUGUGAUGGCUUUCACCUUAAAUUCGACAAUUUUCCCUUUCUCUAAAUCGCUAAAACCCCAGCAUAUGAACAAUCAGUAUAAGUUUCUGAACUCCCAAUUCAACAAAUCAUCCAUAUUAAUGGUUAGAGCUUUAAAAGGGUGGAAAGAAUAUGAAGAAGCAGUGAAAGACAAAGACCUUGCUAGAGCACUAAAAUUCUUGAAAUCCAUUGAUUUGGAGACUCAAACCCAAUUCACAACUGGGUCUUCAUUGCAAUUUGAUCUUCCAUUAAUGGAGAGGAAUAGAGAUUGGGAAGUUUUGGAUACUUGUUUGAAUGCUAAUGAUAUGAGGCUUGUUAGCAGUGCUUAUGCCUUUCUCAAGGAUAGAGGAUUCUUGCCUAACUUUGGAAAAUGUAGAAACCUUGUUUUGGAAGGGCCACGAGAUGUCACACCAACUAUUCUGAAGUCUUCAACUGGCUUAGAAGUGUCCAAACUCUCUCCAAAAAAGUGGGGAAUCACCGGAGCUUCUAGUGUUGUUAUGUUUUCCUUUCUUGGUUGCAUGUCUUUUUUGCUCUCUCAAGGAAUAGAUUUGAGGCCCAAUUUAGCAGCUAUCUUAGGAUUGACUAUAGUAGACUCUGUUUUUCUUGGUGGUUCCUGUCUUGCUCAAAUAUCUAGUUAUUGGCCGCCAUAUAAGCGUCGCAUCCUUGUCCAUGAAGCAGGGCAUCUUUUGACCGCAUACCUUAUGGGCUGCCCCAUUCGCGGGGUCAUUUUAGACCCAAUUGUGGCCAUGCAGAUGGGCAUUCAGGGGCAGGCUGGGACCCAAUUCUGGGAUGAGAAUUUGGAAAAUGAGCUUGCUGGAGGUCGACUUAGCAGUACAGCUUUUGACAGGUACUGCAUGGUACUAUUUGCUGGUAUUGCAGCUGAAGCUCUCGUGUAUGGUGAAGCCGAGGGUGGAGAAAACGAUGAAAAUCUGUUUCGGAAUAUCUGCUUACUUUUGCAACCUCCAUUAAGCAUCUCACAGAUGUCGAAUCAAGCAAGAUGGGCUGUUUUGCAGUCAUAUAAUUUGCUAAAAUGGCAUAAACAAGCUCAUAAAGCAGCCGUUAAAGCUCUGGAGAACGGUAGUAGCCUUAGCAGUGUCAUAAGAGCCAUUGAGGAUGCCUUGUCUUCGAAACGAUGAUGAUCUUUGUUGGCUUUGUUUCCCGAUAGAAGGUAUGCUUCAAAAUGCAUGAAGAGGAGCACAUAUGGCACACAUAUCUGUCGAUUGUCCUUAUUCGACGUCUUUGGAGAUUCUACAAAGAUUUUUAACGUAUCCGGUAUCCCAUUAUCCUAUCUUAACCUAUAGAAUAAUUAGCUACUAUUCUCUGAUUCUCUCUGUCUUACAGGUUUUGCUACAUUUUUUUUUGUUCGUCCCAUUAAUUUUGUUACCUUUCCUUUUUUGUCAUGACUCACGCUUUCUUUGAUUCUCAUCCACAUAUUAAACGUAUCUUUCAUUUCAUCUAUGCAUUUCUCUCAUCUCCCUGUAAAAUAUUCUUUUCCUCCUUUACCUUGGAUUGGUCACAAAUUCUACUUGUAGCAAAAGUUAUAAGACUGGUAGAGUAGUAAUUAGUAUGUUACUGUAAGGUGAUUCGAUAUUUGAUUCUCUUGAUGGGUUAACCUUGUUCUUCUUGUGAAGCCUACAACAUUUUCCCCAACAACUGGAUCUCACAUAUUGCUCGAAUAAUGGCUUUAAGGAUCGAAGACAAGGUUUCCACACAUUCGUGUUAGUGUAUUACCAUUAAGUAUUUCCUUCGUCUCUUUAAAUUUGUUACACCAUAUACUAAAAAGUAAAAAUUGUCAUGAAUUUGUAUCAUGUAACAAAGUCAAAAGAACAUAGGAGUAGAAUAUAAGGUAUUAAAUAAAUGACCAAGUAGUUGUCAAUUGUAUAUAAAUGGAUCACCAUCUAUUUUAUACUAUGAACUACUCUUGUGAAAUACCUUCUUUCAGUGAGAUGAAUUCAAAAUAAGAAACUUAUAAGUUGAUAAUUUGUAUUAGUUGAGCUAUUCAACUCAUGUAUGAAAUGCAUCUUACGGUGAGAUUAUUUCUUACAAAAAUUUGUGUAAUUCUUUUACUUAUUUUCGAGUUUCUUA